AAAAGAAAAAACAGAGACAUUUUUGGAACGAGUCUUGAAGCGAAGUGCUUCACAUUACGAUAGAGCAUAAACAUUCCACUCGUCGUCCCUUCAAUUCUGACACACACUUACACUUGCACUUACACAGAUACGCACACCCCAGUUGAAGCCAAAAAAACACUCCUACACCCUCUCUCUCUCUCUCUCUCUCUCUCUAUAUAUAUAUAUCUCUUUUGCUUCUUCAUUCUGAAUUCUCAAGUAUUAAUUCUCAUACACCACCCCCACACCCACACGUAAUCGAAAACAUAAUAACGCGUCUUGGCUACACCUCCUCCCCAUGAACACGCAUGAGAUGUUAUAAGAACGCCACACACACCCACGCUACACCCUCUUCACAUUCUUUGUGAUCCAAAGCAAUGGCCAAUUGGGUUCACAAUUGCAUGCCCAAGAAACCAAACCAACUCACAAGACUCUACCUUCUCACAUUCACCACCUUCCUCUGCACUGUCUUCUACCUCCUCGGCCUCUGGCACCACUCGCCGCCCUCCCUCGCCACCAUCGCCGCCACCCACCGCCUCGCCACCCACAAAUGCCCCACCGCCAAUUUCAAUUCGAAUUCCACCGCCACGCUCGAUUUCCUCCCCCACCACUCCGUCUCCGACCCUGAGGCCGCGCGUGACUUCCACGCGCCGCCGUGCGCGGCGGAGCUCUCGGAGUACACCCCCUGCGAGGACGUGCAGCGGUCGCUGGGGUUCCCGCGCGAGAAUCUCAUCUACCGGGAGCGCCACUGCCCCGCCGCGGGGGAGCUUCUCCGGUGCCGGAUUCCGGCCCCGUUCGGGUACCGCGUCCCCCUGCGGUGGCCGGAGAGCCGCGACGCCGCGUGGUUCGCUAACGUGCCGCACAAGGAGCUCACCGUAGAGAAAAAAAACCAGAACUGGGUCCGGUUCGAGGGGGACCGGUUCAAGUUCCCCGGCGGCGGAACCAUGUUUCCACGUGGCGCCAGCGCGUACAUCGACGACAUCGGAAAUCUCAUAAACCUCAAAGACGGGUCCGUCAGAACCGCUUUGGACACCGGUUGCGGGGUUGCAAGUUGGGGAGCAUAUCUUCUGUCACGUGACAUUUUAGCAGUGUCGUUUGCACCAAGAGAUACACAUGAAGCACAAGUUCAAUUUGCUCUCGAACGAGGAGUUCCUGCAUUGAUUGGAGUUCUUGCCUCAAUUAGGCUUCCUUACCCUUCAAGAGCCUUUGACAUGGCCCAUUGCUCACGUUGCCUCAUUCCCUGGGGCCAGAAUGAGGGGAUUUAUUUGAAUGAGGUUGAUCGAGUGCUACGUCCUGGUGGGUAUUGGAUUCUAUCAGGGCCACCAAUUAACUGGGAGAGCCACUGGAAGGGUUGGGAGAGGACCCGUGAGAGUCUCAAAGAUGAACAGGAUACAAUUGAGAAAGUGGCAAAAAGCCUAUGCUGGAAAAAAUUGGUGCAAAAGGGUGACCUUGCAAUAUGGCAGAAACCCACCAAUCAUAUUCAUUGCAAAAUAACUCGAAAGGUCUACAAGAAUAGACCUUUUUGUCAGGCACAGGAUCCAGACACAGCAUGGUAUACUAAAAUGGAUACAUGCUUGAUGCCACUGCCAGAGGUGAAUGACGUCAAAGAAGUUAGUGGUGGUGAAUUGGCAAAGUGGCCUGAGAGACUAACAUCAGUUCCACCAAGGAUUAGUAGUGGAAGCUUGAAGGGUAUCACGGUUGAAACGUUCAAGGAAAACAGUGAGUUAUGGAAGAAGAGAGUGGCAUACUACAAGACACUGGAUUAUCAGCUAGCAGAGAGUGGUAGGUACCGUAAUCUGCUUGAUAUGAAUGCUUACUUGGGAGGCUUUGCAGCUGCACUUAUUGAUGACCCUGUGUGGGUCAUGAACACUGUCCCUGUUGAGAAUGAGGUCAACACACUUGGUGCCAUUUAUGAACGUGGAUUAAUUGGAACCUAUCAGAACUGGUGUGAAGCCAUGUCAACUUACCCACGAACUUAUGACUUCAUACAUGGUGAUUCUGUUUUCAGCCUCUACCAGAACAGAUGUAAAAUGGAGGACAUUCUUCUUGAGAUGGAUCGAAUUUUGCGGCCACAAGGUGGUGUGAUCUUGCGUGAUGAUGUGGAUGUGUUGUUGAAGGUGAAGAGUUAUGCAGAUGCAAUGCAAUGGGAAGCCAGAAUUGCAGACCAUGAAAAUGGGCCCCACCAGAGAGAAAAGAUACUCUUUGCAGUUAAGCAGUAUUGGACUGCUCCACCUCCUCACAAAAGAUCAACAUACAAAGCUAUAAAUUGAUAUAUGCUUUCUGGACUCAAGAUUUGUGUAAUUUUUUAUUUCGUGUUCAGAUUUUUUCUUUUUUCUUUUUUUCAGAUUUCCAUUCUUUUUUGACCCCUUCUUUUGGUGGGUGGUGCAAAGUGAAAAUUUCUUUACAGAAAUUAUGGCUCUGAAGUUUUUUAUUUUUAGGUGACUUAUCUAUCGUGUAAUACUUGUCCAAAUUUGUCAAUCAAAUGAGAGAUUAAGAGUGAA